AUGUUCAACUCAAAAAAGUACCUGAAUUCGUACGGAUGGCAAGAGGGAUCUGCGCUAAAGGAUGGAGGUUUGAAGAAACCCAUUCUAACGUCUCGGAAAUACGACACGCGAGGUCUUGGAAGUAAAACAGAUCAUGCCGAUCAGUGGUGGGAUGAUGUUUUUUCGUCUCAAUUACAAUCCAUUAAAGUUGAAGCAAACCAUGGAAAGAUUAAAGUGCAGUCUACCGGUGCGGCUGCCAAGAUUGCUAUGGCAAAGUUUCAUAGUAAAUUCUCGCCGCUAUCCACUGUCUUUCGACACGGAGGUGUAUUGACGAGCACGAUUGAGGAAAAGAAAUCAGCUCUUCGUGUAGAGUCACAUAUCAUAGAACGAGCCGACAAGAAAAGUCAUUCCAAAAAACGAAAACGGGACGACACUGACCGAAAGUCGAAGAAGAGCCAUAAAAAGGCAAAAGAAAAGAGUUCCAAAUCAGAGAAGAAGCACUCGGAAAAGAAACACUCUAAAAAAAAAUCGAAGAAACAUCAUCACAAAAAGGAUAAGUAA